UCGGUUCGUAGUGAGGUAAGUGCAUCUUCUAACAGUGUCACCGGCGGAUAAUGGUCUGGCGGCUCAGUAGCCAUGGCAAAGCUCUGGUGGACGGUCGUGUGCCUCCUCGCAUCCUUGGAGCUCUGCACUCCGCUUAUAAACGAAUUGCAACCGGGUAAAGAAUGGCCCAAACGUCAAUCAGUAAGACAACCUCAGGACGAGCUAGACAACCCUGAUGUCACAACGGUUAUAGCUGAUACAACGGUAGGAGAUGUAGUAGAUAUACCCGAAGAUGUACAAGAAGAUGUUGAAGAGAACAUUCAAACAAAAGCUAUAGAUGUAGAAGACUCCAAAGUAGAUUACUCCGGAGCACAACUGUGGAAAGUGGCGACUGAUAAGAACGGAGUAAGAGUACUGUUAGGUAGAUUGCGUCGCAGAAAUCUCAUUUCGACGUGGUCGGGGAACCAAACGUACAUCGAUGUCCUUGUGAAACCCGACGCCGUACAGAACGUUACACGGAUAUUCAAGAGAGAGAACAUUACUUUUGACGUCAUUAUCGAGGACCUACAAAGGAGAAUCAAUGAAGAAAACCCUCCGCUCGAUGAGAACGAAAUUGAGCUACAGGACAGACGAGGUCAUCGUAUGACAUGGAAACAAUAUCACAGAUUGGAAGACAUUCACGGCUUUAUGGAUUAUUUAGCCAAAACGUAUCCCAAGAUCGUGAGUGUGAACUCAAUAGGAAAAUCCUAUGAAGGAAGAGACCUUAAAGUUCUCCGUAUAUCAGAUGGCAAGCCUUCAAAUAAGGCGGUUUUUAUCGACGGUGGUAUACACGCUAGGGAAUGGAUCAGCCCGGCUACGGUUACAUACUUCAUCAACCAAAUAGCUGAAAACUUCGACGAAGAAUCCGAUGACAUAAGGGAUAUUGAUUGGUAUUUCUUGCCUGUUGUCAAUCCUGAUGGAUACGAAUACACGCAUAUCAAAGAUCGUUUGUGGAGAAAAAAUAGAAAGCCGGCAAUUUACGGUGUGAGACAGUGUGUCGGGACUGAUUUGAACAGAAAUUUCGGUUAUCGUUGGGGUGGUAAAGGUUCCUCGAGUAAUCCCUGCAGUGAAAUAUAUAGAGGAAGUAGAGCUUUCUCUGAACCAGAAUCCAGAGCAGUAUCGGAAUUCAUCAAAACAAGUGCAGCUAAUUUCUCAGCAUACCUGACAUACCACAGUUAUGGUCAAUAUUUAUUAUAUCCUUGGGGAUAUGACAACGCAGUCCCACCAGAUCAUAAAGAAUUAGAUCUUGUCGGCAAAAAUAUAGCAGCGGCUAUUCAAGCGACUGGAGGCUCUAAAUAUUCUGUUGGGUCGUCUAGUGGCCUCCUUUAUCCCGCUUCAGGUGGUUCAGAUGACUGGGCCAAAGGCCAGGGCAUUAAAUAUGCAUACACAAUUGAACUUAGCGAUACUGGCCGCCAUGGAUUUGUUUUGCCGACAACCUUCAUUGAGCCAGUAGCAAGGGAAUCAUUGUCAGGCUUAAGAGUGCUUGCAGCCCAAUUAAGAAAGAACUAAGCAUGACUUUAUGUUUAAGUUAAAAUAGGUUGUGAUAUCAUUUUUGAUUUUUUUUUUAUAAAAAUAUAUUUAUUAUGACACUAAUUAAAGAUUUAUAAAUUAUAAGAACUAUGAAA